AUGCCACGGCUGCGUGAGCAGAGGGCGUUCCUGGUGGCCUUGAUUGCGCUGCAGCGCCGCCAGGGCAGCACCGAGGACCGCACUGAUGCCCACGAGGGGGGCAGCGGCAGCGGCAGUAGCACCAGUGGGAGCAGCGCGGAUGUGCCGGUGCAGGGCAACGCGCGCGUGCCGGAGGUGCCGGUGGCUGUGAGCGCCCAGGCGAGGGCAGCUGCUGGGCGGGCGGCCGUGCUGCUGGAGGCGUGGGAGCGGGGCGGGGAGGGUGGGGAGGGGGAACAGGGGGAGGACGGGGAGAGAGGGGAAAACGGGGAGAAGGCGGAGGUGGAGGAAGGAGGGGGUGUGGAUGUGCGCAUGGCAGCGCAGGUGACAUACCACCCUGGCAACUCCUCCCACCAGGUGUGCUACCAGCUGCCCCUGCCAGGCCGCUAUGUCCUCUCGCUGCACCUCCUCUUCUCCGCCACCUUCCCCCUCCUGGGCUCCAAUGCGCGCACAUCCUUCCUUGGGGGGUUCUCCAACUACACGGUGGUGCACUCGCAGGCUAUUCAAGCAUCAGCGCCGCGCACCUUCUUCCUUCACGCACACAGAGCCACCCUCCCUUACUGCACACCACCGCUCCUCACCGCAUCCCACCACUCCGGCUACUGGAUGGGCCAUCUCUGGCAGCCCCACGCAUGUCGCCUGCGCCGCCUCUCCCCCCCCGCCAUGCAUGCGUGCUUCAACGGCCGCUCGCUGCUCUUCCUCGGCGACUCCCAGCUGCGCUACACCUUUGCCUUCCUGCGCUUCCUCCUCCGCUUCCCCUCCCGUGCCGCCUUCCUCACUAAGUUCGCCGCCAAGCCCAAGGUGUUUUGGCCCAACAUGCUGGCCUGUGGCAGUGUGCCACGUGGCAACGGGUCCAUCUACCCGCCAGUGAGCAGCAGCACGGGCGAGCUCAUCUCAACAGGCGUGUGUCAGCAGCCGGGCUCCACCUUCUUCUUCCACGGGGAGAACUUCAACGGCUAUGGCCGCGCCAUGUACAAGGUGAAAGCAGCAGCGGGCAGCCCCUCGUUUGCGUUCAACCUCACGUACGUGUCGCAGUGUGGCUCCAUGAAGCCCGUGUUCCCCGCGUGGAUGAGCGACCCCGCCCUGGUGGGGCCCGCGCUCACCCUCUUUGACUCGCGCCCUGAUGCUCACAGCGCUGCUGGCACCAGCCAUGAGAGCAGUGACCGCAGUGGGGACAGCAGCAGUAGUCGCAGCAGCAGUGGGGAGGGCAGCAGCGAAGAGAGCAGCAGCGGUGGCAGCAGCGGCAGGGAGGGGCGUAUGGGGGAGUAUGACAUGGCGCUGGUGGCCACCACUCUGCACGACCUCAUUCAGCACCCCACCGCCCGCGCCUUCGGUGCCCUCAUGGAGUCCAACCUGCUGCCUCCACUACUGGCGGUCAUGAGGGACCCCUCAGCCGUGACACUGCUGGGUCCGUGGGCGGCGAGGGAGGACAACAAGCCGCCCGAGUUCAUCCCCGUGAGCAACAACGCGCGUGCCAUGGCGUUUGAACACGAGCUCCUCAGGCGCCUACCGUCCACACAGCCUGGGGCAGCCAGUGCGCUGGGCAUGAUGGGGCUGACUCUCCCGCGCCCAGACCUGUGCCCCGACAGCACGCACUACGCGUGGCCCGUCACCCUCGCCAUCCUCGACCUCUGGCUCACACCCCUCUGCGCCCCACACGCCUCACACGCUCCUCAACACUAG